UCUCUUGAUUUAAGUGGCAACGAAUUCCCCUCUAUACAUGUUUUAGAUAAAAUGUUAUCGUCAUUACGAUCUCUAACACAUCUUAUUAUUGACAACUGUCAACUGAUUACACUACCUGAGAAUUUGUUUUUCAAAUUGCCUAACUUAUCAUAUGUUUCAUUUGAAAACAACAGAAUCUCAUCUUGGAAUGGACAUAGAGUAUUCGGAAACCAAUCAUCUGUUCGAUCGAUAACAUUGACCGGAAAUGCUUUAUCAACUAUAAACGAAACACUGUUUCCUCGAAAUGCAUUCAAACAUUUAUCAAUUUUGUCAUUAGGAAACAACCCCUUUGCAUGUACAUGCUCUAAUGUAUGGUUUCACAACUGGAUACAAACGGAAAAAAUCAUUUUCGAAAAUUAUCCAGAAUUGUACCAUUGUAAAACGCCUCCAGAAAAAGACGGUGAAAUGCUCAAAGAUGCAAUACCAACAUAUUUCGAAUAUUCCAAUUCAGAUAAGGAAUUAUUCACAGCGGUUGUCACAUCACUAUCAUUAUCAGGAAUUGUGUUCGUUAUAAUUUUCAGUUUAAUCUUCAGAUUACGAUGGCAUAUACGAUAUUGGUUAUUUCUUUACCGUGUGAAAAAGAAAGGAUUUUCUCUUAUUUCAAAUGAGGAAACAGAUUAUAAAUUUGAAGCAUACGUAAUUUACUGUGACAAUGAAUAAGAGUGGAUUCGAAAAAAGCUUUUAGAAAAAUUAGAAAAUGAGUCGGGAAUUUCUUUAUGUAUAAGAGAUCGAGAUUUUGAAGUUGGAAAAGUGUAUGUCGAGAACAUAAUUGAAAAAAUGACCGCAAGCAGGAGAAUAAUUCUCGUUAUAUCUCAUGAUAUGGUAAAAAGCGACUGGUGUCUGUUUGAAUCAAGAAUAGCGCAGGAAAAAUGUCUUAACAUGGAAUCUGACGCAUUAAUAAGUCUUAUGGUAGAGGAUGUGUCUGACGAAAAUAUAUCAUCAAGUUUGCGUGCUUUUGUUAAUUCAGCAUCACUUAGUAAAUUUCCAACAAAAGAAUAUGACGAGGGACAGUUCUGGUUGAACUUAACAAAAUUACUUCGAAACCAAACAUAGAAUUGUCGAUAUAAAAUCUUGAAUAAACCUAAUUUUAGAUUAAUUGUGUCAGUACGCUUCCAAGUAUUGCGAGUGAAUCGCAGAAGAAUGUUCUUUUGUUUCAUUUAAAAAAUGAAAGUGCUGUUUUCUGCCAGAACAUACACCGUUAUAUGAAGGAACAUUUUUGUAUAGAUAACUUUUUUGAGAUCAGCGAAUUUUUUAAUUAAGAAAUAAUACGACAAAUCAAAGAUCAGUUGGUCAGUUUAUACCAGACUUUUUUAUUCGUAGUAUUGCUAAUAGUCUAGACAUAUAAUUUCAGAUGACACAUGUAGAUCGAUACAUUUUAAUCUAUUAGUUUAGAGGAUUUAUAUCGAUU